UGCCUGAAAUGAGAUUCGAUAUGAUUCAAGAUCGACUAAAUGAUGGAUAUUUGAAUAUUAUUUGCUCUGUUGAAGGAGUCUUUCCGAAGCCUGAACUCGUUAUUUUAGUUGGUAACAGGCCGUUAAACGCAAAAUCUUCAAUCAAGAACUUCGAGGGUCGGUACACGGCACUUACGAGUACCAUCAUAAGAAUCAACUCUCUACUGCCCACAGUAGAAAUCCUGUGUGAUAUGCAAGUGCCUUUAGCAAAUUAUUUUAGCAGGAACAGGGACAUAUUCUACAGAGAUCCACCAUCGAUGCCACCAGAUACAUCGAACUCACCACAUAUGUCUCCUGACAAAAGUGAUUAUUAG